AUGAGAUUCCGUGCAGGGCUGCCGAUCGUUCGCCAACUGCUUGAUGCUGGUGCUUGCCUCCAAGGCCAUGAGAUCGUGGAAGCUGUACGCAACGACGACCAGGAACUCGCAAAGUUCUUGCUUACCCUGGCCGUCGACGUUAUCGCACGGGAUCCAAUCGGUGAAACAUUGCUGGACGCCGCUUAUCGCAAGAAAGAUUUUGAUCUGGCUCAGUAUUAUUUUGACCAUGGUGGACAACACAGCUCAAAGGCGCUGCUAUUUGCUGUCAAUCGGGCUCUUUCAGCGCGCGAUUAUCAUGGCAUUGAGGAAUUUGUGACAAGGCGGCUUACAGGGCCUCUCGACGAGUGGGAAGCUGCGGGAUUUGUGCUGUCAAUUUACAUGAAUAAUUCCCGCCUCACAGACUUGUUUCUCUCAGAAACUUUCAGCGCAAGCUCUGCAUUAUCUCUGUAUUGCUGGCAUAGAGAACCAAGAAAAGAGGGCCGUUUAUGCCGAACAGGUAAUGAAAGAGAAUAUGGACCCGGUGUCAAGCUUGAGUCAAUCCAGUCAGAAUGUCACAGUGUACGCUGCCCCAACUGCUGCUCACCUUUUACUAUGGCUGCGCUUCUGGGACUACGAGACCUUUUGGAAAGGAUGAUCAACCAAAAGUAUCAACCCGACGCUUCUUAUCUACUGAAGAUUAUUUACAAACCAGGGGCUCUGGACAAGAAAAUCCAGGAAAUUUUGAUGAAAUCCUUCUUUGAUUCGACCGGCACGGACCAAUAUGUGCAUCGCCACAUGCUCAUGGCCGCAAUUGCAAACUCGACGGGACGCGAAACAAUUCGUCGACAUGUGUCAAAUUCAGGAUCGUUGAACUUUUCAAUCGACGGUUAUCGCAAUGAAAGCGUUGGAGACUUGCUGGCAGCAGGCGCAACUGUCGACUGGACAUCAUCGCGCAUGCAAUGGACAGCUCUGCGUACUGCAUUAAGAUCGGACAGCUUACAGAUUGCGGCGUUGCUGUUAGAAAAUGGCGUCGUCGUAGACGGGCUCUCCCAUUCAUCCAUCUGGACCGCAAGAGAAGGGCAUUUGAAGACUGUAGAGUUUCUCCUGAAUCAUGGUCUCGCCAUUGAUGCUCUGUGGGAUAACACUGCCAGAUUUGCACCUUAUUCGAAAUACCUGAAUGCCUUGGAAGCAGCAGCAGGCCACGGCAGAAUCGACACGGUCGCAUUCCUGCUGGCUCGUGGGGCCAAGAUACAAGGUCGCGGGAGAGUACAUUUCGUACGGGCAGUCAACUUCGCGAUUGAGAGCUGCCAUCAAGCAACAGCAGAUCUUCUCAAGGACAAAGGAGGCUGGAGUCAAGAAGACUAA